GCCUGUCGUCUUCUCCGAGGAAUGCCAAAACUGCCGCUUGAAGGAUUCCUGCUCACACCGGUGCAAAGAAUAUGUCGUUAUCCGUUGCAGUUAUCCGAGUUAUUGAAAGCCACACCGCAGACUCACUGCGACAGGGAGCCUGUCCAAGCAGCCGCUUCCGCGAUGAAAAGUGUUGCCGCGCAAAUUAAUGAAAAGAAACGACGACUGGAAGGACUACAGAAAAUCGCUCUCUGGCAAAUGAACGUUGAAGGAUGGCGGUCAUUGGUGCUUUGCAAAAAAGAUCUCAUUAAGCGUAAUUUCUAUUUAUUCCGUGAUCAAAUUUCGCUUAAUUUGGCAACAUUCUUGGACUGCGAUGAUGGAAAAGAUUCGUCAACGGGCCUCAACCUGAAAAAUUCAUGGAAAUUGCUUAUGAUCGGUAAAGAAAUGAUAUUCACCUGCAAGGACCGAGUUGCAAAACAAUCCUGGGUUGAGCAUCUACGACGACCAUUUAAUUAUUCGCCAGCAACACCAGAAGAGCGACGGCUGGUGCGCGAAACGGUCUGUCGAACUUCAAAGGUUGCCAUGCCUGUCAACCUCUAA